AUGAAAGUGGUGCCCCCUGCUGUUUUGUUCAUCUCCGAAGGAAACGACCAAGGGGUCGAGCCUCGAGUGAAUCUCAAGGGUUACGUUUUAGGCAAUCCCCUUACCGACGAAGAGGCGGAUAACGACGCUGGGAUUCCAUACGCUCAUCGAAUGGGGAUUAUUUCCGACGAGAUCUACGAGUCAUUGGUGACUAGCUGCAAAGGGAAGUAUUUUCUUGUGGAACCGAGCAACAUAGAAUGCGCGAGAGCUCUUGAACGUUUCGACGAGUGCACUAAAGACAUAAACGGAGCACUCAUCACUGCAGAUAAAUGCCAUCCCGAUCUUCCUUAUCCAGGACCCGAGUGCCAGACCUAUUUUUACACGCUGUCUUAUUACUGGUCCAACGAUGAAUCCGUCCGGACAACGCUCGGCAUAAGAAAGGGGACGAUUGGGAAAUGGGAUAGAUGCAAUCGUGAAGAAAUACCAUACGAGGAAGAUAUCGAUAGCGCACUCCCUUACCACGUUAACCUCAGCAAUAGAGGCUAUCGUUCUCUCGUUUACAGCGGCGAUCACGAUAUAAUUGUGUCGUACGUUGCGACACAAGCAUGGAUAAAAGCAUUGGGUUAUCCAGUUGUUGAUGAGUGGAGGCCGUGGAUGGAUAAUCGACAAAUUCAAGGGUGAUUAUUUUUAAUUCCCUAUUUUGCAUCC